CUCACGCACGCCUCCCGCCAGGUGUUCCGCGUGGAGGUGCGGUGCCGCGGGCGGAGGCAUUGGGUGCACAGGCGCUACAGCGAGUUCCACGCGCUGCACAAGCGGAUCAAGAAACUGUACAAAGUUCCAGACUUCCCGUCGAAGCGCCUGCCCAACUGGAGGACCAGGAGCCUGGAACAGCGGCGGCAGGGUUUGGAGGCCUAUAUCCAGGGCAUCCUGUACCUGAACCAAGAUGUGCCCAAGGAGUUACUGGAAUUCCUGAGACUCCGACACUUCCCAGUGGACCCCAAGGCCAGCAGCUGGGGCACCCUGGGGGAAUUCCUGCCUAGCAACAACAGCAGCUCACAGAUGCACCAUCGGCCCGUCAUCAGCUUCUGCAGGGACCCCUACAUUUGCAUCCCUUCUGCAGCGCCUCUGCCUGAUGUGGUGGUGAACGGUGUGCUCCAGGGCCUCUACGGAUUCAGCACCAGCCCAGCACCAGCCCAGCAAAAGGCUGACUGUAACCCUGCUCCUCUGCCACUCAUGCCCUGAUGAGUCCAGUAGCCUCAGGGUCACCUGUGAGGAGAGCCAUGUGCCUCAGUCCUGUAAGGGCCACUCAAGGAGCCAAGGCUGUUUCUUUUGUCCUGGACCCAGGAAUCUACCAUGCCUUGUCCUGUAAAGUCUCUGAAGUGGGCAUGCCUGGCUGGGGUGGUCUUAGCGCCCAGGGGCCAAGGCAGGGCAAGGAGAUGAGGAAUAAAGGGAAAGAAAAUUUAAGAGGUGGAUGGGAGACAUAGGUACAGAAGGGGGGGUGCAGUAAGGCUGAGGCACAGUAGCUUACAAAGUUUGGCAGUCUAGGGAUAGGGCAAACGCCCACUGUCACAGCAGAAUCCUGAUACAGUGGGAUAGACUCGGGGUGGGGACUACAGACCUGAGCCAGCCCACACACAGGUUAUUAAAAAACCCCACUUUUUUAUUGGUCAGCAUUGAUACCAGUAGACUGUUACAAAAUUGGGCCUGCAUAAUGUGAGGCAAGUGGUCCGCUUGGUCAGGUGCCAGCACCGGGCCAAUAAAGCACAGAGCCUGGGGCUGGGUUACCUUCACCCUCAUGAGGGCAGCGGGGCUGG